GGGCCGCUCCGGGAGCCCCGCGGAGCCCCGCGCCGCGCCGAGGAGCCAGCGGCCACCCGAGGCUCGGCGCUCCCGGCCACACCGCGGGCUCUGCUAUGAUCUGGUGGCGCUGGGAGCAGCAUGGGCAGCGUCAGCAGCCUCAUCUCCGGCCACAGCUUCCACAGCAAGCACUGCCGCGCCUCCCAGUACAAGCUCCGCAAGUCCUCGCACCUGAAGAAGCUCAACCGCUACUCGGACGGGCUGCUCCGCUUCGGCUUCUCGCAGGACUCCGGCCACAAGUCCGGCUCCAAGAGCAGCAAGAAUGAGGAUUUCUUUUACAUCAAGGUCAGCCAGAAGGCGCACGGCGCCCAGCGGCCGGACUACACCGUGCUGGGCGGCGGCGAGCUGGCCGUGCCCGCCGGGAGCGGCUCGCUGGACUUCGGGACGCCCACGCCGCAGAAGCUGAUGCCCUUCCCCAGCCAGCUGGAAGUGGGCGGGGAGAAGCCGCUGCCUCGUCCCACGGCCUUCAAGCCGGUGCUGCCGCGUUCCGGGGCCAUCCUGCACUCGUCCCCCGAGAGCGGGGGUCCCCUGGCCCAGCAGCUGCACCCCCCGGAGAAGGCCAAGGAGCAGGAGCUGCGGCCGCUGCCCUGCUCGGGGGGCCUGUCCGACUCCGGCCGCAACUCCAUGUCCAGCCUGCCCACGCACAGCACCAGCAGCAGCUACCAGCUGGAGCCCCUGGUCACCCCCAUGGGCCCCAUCAGCCGCUUCGGGGGCUCUGCCCACAACAUCCUGCAGUGUGCCAUCAUCCAGGACAGCAACAUGAUGAGCCUCAAGGCCAUGUCCUUCUCGGACGGCGGCAACAAGAUCCUGAACCCCGGCAAGGCGCCCCAGCACCGCACCGCCGCCGAGAAGAGCGCCUGCAUGCGCUCGCCCAUCGCCACGGAUGAAUCCACCAUCCAGGAGCUGGAGCAGAAGCUGCUGGAGAGGGAGGGUGAGCUGCAGGAGCUGCAGUCGAGCUUCGAGGAGAAGGAAAUCAGCUCCUGCCAGGCCUACGAGGAGAAGCAGCGGCGCUGCAAGGAGGAGCUGGAGGGGCUGAAGCAGAAAUGCAACAGCAAACUCAAGCAAACCUCGCAGAAAACACAGCGGACGCAGCAGGUGCUGCACCUGCAGGUGUUCCAGCUGCAGCAGGAGAAGCAGCAGCUGAGGGAGGAGCUGGAGAAACUCAUGAAGGAGCAGAACCUGCUGGAGACCAAGCUGAGGUCCUACGAGAAGGAGAAGACCAGCUUUGCCCCGGCGCUGGAGGAGACGCAGUGGGAGGUGUGCCAGAAAUCCGGUGAGAUCUCGCUGCUGAAGCAGCAGCUGAAGGAGUCUCAGACCGAGCUCACCACCAAGACCACGGAGAUCCUGAGCCUGAAGGCGCAGCUGAAGGAGGUGAGGCUGAAGAUGGAGGGGCUGGAGAUGAAGAGCCAGGAGCUGGAGGUGUCGCUGCGCACCAAGGCCAUGGAGCUGGAGGUGUGCGAGAACGAGCUGCAGCGCAAGAAGAACGAGUCGGAGCUGCUGCGCGAGAAGGUGAACCUGCUGGAGCAGGAGAUCCUGGAGCUGCGCUCCGAGCUGGCCGCGCUGCGGGAGCAGCUCCAGGGGCUCCCCAGGCCGGGCGGGGACGAUGCCCAGGCCCUGCAGGGGCAGCUGGAGCGGCUGCGGGCCGAGCUGAAGGCGGAGCGCGACAGCAACGAGCAGAUGAGCUGCAGCUUCCAGCACGAGCGGCAGACGUGGAAGGAGGAGAAGGAGAAGGUGAUCCACUACCAGAAGCAGCUGCAGCAGAGCUACCUGCACAUGUACAAGAGGAACCAGAGCCUGGAGAAGAUGCUGCAGCAGCUGGCAGCGGGCGAGGAUGGCAAGGAGCCCAUCGAGCUGGAGAUCCCCGGUGGCACCGACGUCCCCUACGAGGACAUCAUCGCCACCGAGAUCUGAGCCGCCGGGGGAGCUGUCCCCUCCCCGCCACGCAGUGUCCCCCUGUCCUUGCGCCGCCCGUCGUGUUCCAGAGGUGACCAAGCCACUCGUGCCAAUGGUGACGUGCCCGCAGCUCCCCCAGCCUGGCACUGCCCCCUCUGCCCCCGGGCAGGGAUCAGGACUCCAGGGAAUUCUCUGCCAUCCAUGCCCAGCGCCCAGGGGAUGCUCUGCUCCAGGCUGGGGGGACACAGCCUGGCCCUGCUCCGGGGAUGGCACAGCUCUGGGGUGGCACAGCUCCCACAGUCCUGCCCACUGGUAGUGGCAGAAAUCAGCCCAAAUUUGUGCCCAGCUCUGGGAAUGGCACAGCACCCGGGAUGGCACAGCGCCAUCCUGCCCGCUGAUGGUGGCAGGAAUCAGCCCCAGUGUGUGCCCAACUCCAAGGACGGCACAGUAUCAUCCUUCCCAUUGUGGGCAGGAAUCAGCCCCAAUUUGUGCCCAGAAAUCAGCCCCAGUGUGUGCCCAUCUCCAAGGAUGGCACAGCAGCAUCCUGCCCGCUGAUGGUGGCAGGAAUCAGCCCCAGUGUGUGCCCAACUCCAAGGACGGCACAGUAUCAUCCUGCCCAUGGUGGGCAGGAAUCAGCCCCAAUUUGUGCCCAGAAAUCAGCCCCAGUGUAUGCCCAUCUCCAAGGAUGGCACAGCACAGUCCUGCCCACUGAUGGUGGCAGGAAUCAGCCCCAGAUCCCUGGAGGAAGCUCCCACUCCUCCUCACCCUCCUUUGGCACCGUGGGAGCACAGAGCCACCUCCUGCCACUGCCACAUCCACCCGUGCCAGCCCAUGAGGGCCUCAGGAAGGUCCCCAGCUGCUCACACCCCCCAGUAGGGCCCAACUCACUGAAAUCACCCCAAAAUCAUCCCAAAAUCACCCUGAAAUCACCUUGAGAUCACCCUGAACUCCCCAUUCAGUCCAAGCACAGCCCCUACACUGCACCCACAGCCCCCACAGCCCUCCCUCUGGCAUUCCCAGCUCCCACAGACAAGGACCCCAUCCCUUCUCCCGGCUGCCAGGCAGCAGCUGGAUCUGAGGAUUCACAGGAAUGUCCCAGCCACGUUCUGAGCAGGGAUUGGGGUUUGUGUUCACCCCACAGCCCCCUGCACUCGCUGGGGCUGUCCCUCCCGGCUGCCUUAUCUCCUCCCGUGCCCUGAUCCCGCAGGAUCCGGCCCAGGGGAGCUGGUUAAACACCCCAAACCAACCACUGCCACCUUAAUUUCUACCCCAGCUCUUAAAAGCUCCUCCGGCCGCCAGCGAGUGGCUCCACAGACACCGAGGUGGCCCCGCUGGUGACCAUGGUGUCCCCCUGGCUGGGGAGGGAACCAGCAGGACCCCCUCCCCCCUAGGGCACCCCUCUGUGCCAGUGCAAUGAUGUUUUUGCUGCAAUUAUUUACCCACUGCCCCAUUCCAGGGCUCUUGGGGGAGGUUCUUGCACGAUCCCAACGCCGCCAAUUCGGCCACGGGCUCCGAGCUGUGCGAAAUCCCGCGCCCCUCGCGCCACUGCAGCCUGGAAAGGUGACACACAGGAACCAGUCUGUGCCUUCUGCACCUGAGCACCCCAAACCACUGCCCCGGCUCUCCUGGCUGGGCCUGGCACUGCCCAGAUGGUCCUGGCACUGCCCAGCCAGGUCUGGCACUGCCCAGCCAGUCCUGGCAUUGCCUAGUUGCUCCUGGCACUGUCCAGCUGAGCCUAGUGCUACCCAGCUGGGCCUGGCACUGCCCAGCUGGCUCUGGCACUGCCUGGCCAGUCCUAGCUCUGCCCAGCCAGGUCUGGUAGUGCCCACCCAGUCCUGACACUGCCCAGCCAGUCCUGGCACUGCCCAGUUGAGCCUAGCACUGCCCAUCCAGUCCUGGCACUGCCCAGCCUUUCUUGGCACUGCCUGGCCAGUUCUGGCACUGCCCAUCCAGUCUUGGUACUGCCCAGCCACUCCUAGCACUGACCAGCUGGUCCUGGCACUGCCCAGCUGCAUCUGGUACUGACCAGCUAGGUCUGGCAUUGCCUAGUUGGGCCUGGCACUGUCCAGCUGGUCCUGGCACUGUCCAGCUGAGCCUAGUGCUGCCCAGCCGGGUCUGGCACUGCCCAGACACUCCUGGCACUGCCCAGCCAGGCCUGGCACUGCCCAGACACUCCUGGCACGUCCCAUCCAGUUCUGGCACUGUCCAGCUGGUCCUGGCACUGUCCAGCUGAGCCUAGUACUACCCAGCCAUGCCCAGCACUGCCCAGCCACUCCUGGCACUGUCCAGCUCGGUCUGGCACUGCCCAGCCAGUCCUGGCAUUGCCCGGCCAGUCCUGGCAUUGCCUAGUUGGGCCUGGCAUUUUCCAGCUGAGCCUAGUACUGCCCAGCCAUACCCAGCACUGCCCAGCCGGUCCUGGCACUGCCCAGCCAGUUCUGGCACUGCCCAGCCAGUCCUGGCAUUGCCUAGUUGGGCCUGGCACUGUCCAGCUGGGCCUGGCACUGCCCAGCCACUCCUGGCAUUGCCUAGCUGGGCCUGGCACUGCCCAGCUGAGCCUCGUACUACCCAGCCAUACCUGGCACUGCCCAGCCACUCCUGGCACUGCCCAGCUGAGCCUACUACUGCCCAGCCAGUCCUGGCACUGACCAGAUAGUUCUGGCAGUGUCCAGCUGAGCCUGGUACUGCCCAGCCUUUCUUGGCACUGCCCAGUCAUACCUGGCACUGCCCAGCCGGGUCUGGCACCGCCCAGCCAGUCCUGGCACUGUCCAGCUGGGUCUGGAAUUGUCCAGCUGAGCCUAGUACUUUUCAGCCAUACCUGGCACUGCCCAGCCAGUCCUGGCACUGCCCAUCCACUCCUGGUACUGCCCAGCCACUCCUAGCACUGACCAGCUGGUCCUGGCACUGCCCAGCCAUACUUGGCACUGCCCAGCCCACCCUGGCACCGUCACAAGCGAUGCUCACCCCGGCCCGAUGGAAAAGCCAACCUCAGGCUCCUGCGGGUGCCCCUCGGGGCCAGCCCUGCCCAUUCCCUGCCCUGUCCCUGCCCAUUCCCUGCCCUGUCCCUGCCCAUCCCUGCCCAUCCCUUCCCAUCCCUUGCCCUCUCCCAUCCCCUGCCCGUGCCCAGCCUUGCCCAGCCGAAGGAUGUUCGCAAAGCUGAAGGAUCGGGGGCACAGCGAGGCCGGCAGGGAUUUUGUGCCUCCCCAGAACUGGCACAGCCCCGCCGGGAGGGAGCAGAGCCCGUCCUGGCAAUUCCCGUCCCUGUCCCUGUCCCUGUCCCCGUCCCUGUCCCUGUCCCUGUCCCCGUCCCUGUCCCCGUCCCUGUCCCUGUCCCCGUCCCUGUCCCUGUCCCUGUCCCUGUCCCCAUCCCUGUCCCUGUCCCUGUCCCUGUCCCCAUCCCUGUCCCUGUCCCCAUCCCUGUCCCUGUCCCUGUCCCUGUCCCCGUCCCCGUCCCCGUCCCUGUCCCCAGGCGUGUCCCCGGCCCCGUGUCCCCCCCAGCUCUGUGAUGUGAUCUCCAGAGGCCUCGCCGUGCUGCCUUUGCACAACCGCGCUGUGUGUGCCCGUCGCAUUCCAGGUGUGUCGCUCCAGGCCCCGGCCUGGACAAGAGAAUUAUUUUUCUGCAGGUUUUUUUGGUUUUUUUUUUUUUUUUUUUUUUUUUUUUUUUGGUUUUGUUGAUGUUUUUUUGGAUGUUCUUUCUGGUGACUGAUGUAAACUACUGGUUAAUUUUAUGUUUUUUAUUUAUAAAUAAAUUUUUUAAAACUUC